AGACAAGUGUUGGGGGAGUUGGGGGAGUGUGUGUGUGAUGCUACAACCUCCUUAUAAAGGGACUCUCUCUCACGUUGUGGCUGUGGAAAUUAGAGCACAUUGCCUAAAAUUGAGGUCUGCUCACACACACUCUCACACACACACACGCCGAGUCACCGAGAACCCGCUGCCAUGAGCUGGAUGAACGUUGAGGAGACGCUCCGCAGGGCCGAGACGCCUCUCUUCUGGGUCGGUGCGUUCACUGUGGCCUCCCUGACGCUGUGGCUCCUCUACAGGCUGCUCUCUGGCUUCAGGAUCUGGGUCUUGGGGAACGGGCAGCUGCUGACUCCGAAGCUGGGCAAAUGGGCAGGUGAGUUGGGUCACAUCAAAUUUCACGCCAACCUACAUGUCGGUCACGAAGAGGGCAGGUGGACUCGACGAGAGAAUGAGGUUAUGGGGCUAAAACUUGACUCUGGCUCACAGAGGAGUCGGUUCUGGUGCGUUUUUGAGGCUUAAUUUGGUGUUGCGUAACAGGCGCAGGUAAGCAGCUGAUUGACCGGCAGGAUCAUUCUCCUUAUUAGUCCAAUUGGAGCUUUUUUUCCCCCUCAAACAGCAGCAGCUUCUCCUUUUCACCCACAUUUGGAGCAGGGCAGGGGGAUGCCCCACAUUGGUGAGCCAGGAGCCAAAUUGCGCAGGCUAUGCGCACUUUUUCACAGAGCAGGGUUUUUUUUAUGUGGGUGAGCUCUCAGGCAGAGCUCCACUGAACCACAUUAGUCCAUCCGCAUGAUGUAGGACAGACCCGCAUGCCCAAUUAAAACGUGACCUACAUUUUCAUCAUUUUUCCAGCCUCUGUUUUUCAAGUUUGGUGUCUCAGAUUUUGUCUCUGUUGUUGAAAAUCUUUGACCUCAGCCGGUGUUUGUCAUGUCGUCGCUCUCUUGUCACAUCAUCCUCCGUUUGCCCUACAUUCGGUUAGAUAACGUUUCUCUGUUUAAAGUUGCUCUUUCUCUACUUUUUCAUCGUGUUUGGGCGGAUAGAAGCAGGUUUAUGGUGAAAUCUGCGCGUAUUUGGAGUCAGUAGAGCCUCUAGUCUCUCAGGAAUCGCCCUGCCAUGGCUUGACCCAGUUCUCUAGUCUCCUAUUUUUGAGGAGACUGCUGCGUCUGGAGCCUCUCGCUGCGCAAUUUCUCACCGAGUCUUUCAUUUCUACAUCUGAAUAUCUUUUAAAAAUAAGAUUUUAAUGUUCUAAGAAAUAACCAGUUGGUUGAUCUGCACCGUGACGCACUUUGUCUCCAAAUCGUGUUUUUUUAUGAAUGAACUGGGUGUUUUAAUUGAUCCAUUUUGCGCCAUUAAAGGGGGGCAGAAACCAUGACGCAAAGCGGAGAAGCUUCAGGAAUGACAAAUGUACAUAUUUUUGAGAUUGUGCUGAAAUAUGCGGAGGAAUACCGGUGCACACCGAUGAGUCAUGCGCUUGUUCAUCGCUUCGUCAUCCAUUGGUCAUAUAGAAAGUGUGAUACCCCCACCCCCCUCUGUUAUCUCCACCUGCAGAAACACUAGAUCCUCUCGUUUGGGGUCCCCCUCUUUCAUUUUUAGGAAAUCUAAAUCAUUCCAGUGAAGCAAAGAGGCUUUUUUCUAAAUUCAGGUGUAAUGGUUCAAAGGUUGGCUCUCAGUUUUCCAGUUUUGGUGAUCCUUGCUGUUUUAAAAUGUAGAUUUCAAAGGGUUAAUGUAACCUAUUUCCAGAUUUUCCUCGCGGUUACAUUAUUCUGACAAUCUCUGCCUUGGGAACUGGCACGCCACUCCCUGAAACCAGUUUGUGCCACCAGUCUGACGAGUCUGACGUUAAUUUUCAAUCACAACGGUCGUGAAGGGAACAGGUGAAGAGGAGAGGAGGAAGAGGAGGAGGUGGUGAGAGGGUUGGAGAUGUGUGUGUUAAGGAUGAGGUGUACUCCUCCUCAGCUGGUUGGACCAGAUGUGCAGGUCUGACCGGGUUUUUGACGGUGGUGUGAUUUUGUUCUUCUCUCUGCGUGUCUCCACCUUUGACUCGGAGACAGAGACACCGGUUACAACUUGUUCAACCUCCUCUUUAGUUAUUGUUCUUUAAUGUUUAUAGUUUAUUAAGAAGAAUAGAGAGAGUUAGAUGCAGGAACAAACUUCUGGCACUAAAUCUUGUUGUUUUUAUCGUGGGAAAAUGCUCCAGGCUUCAUAAAUGUCAUGAAACUUUGCAGAUUUUUGAUUUAAUUUUUACAUAUUAUAGUUUGAACACCAACUCUGUGCUUUAUUUUCAAUAGAUAGUUAAAGGAAACACACAUAACUUGCUUUGGAGUCAAAUUGUAGUCUCCAAAUGUAAACUUUAUUGACUUUUACGCAGCAGUGAUCAGUCUUAAACUUCACGUUAUAUUUCCACACUAGGUUUUUGAGUGUCAUGCUUUCUUGGAGAAGCGUGUCAUCCCUCAAACAUGUGCUUUUUGUAAUCCUCACGUCUGCUGUCGCAACACCUGCAGACCACAGUCAUUUCCUGGUCAAACAGGUUCUGAAAGUCUGCCUGGUAACUCAGAGCUCCAAACCAUCAGAUCAGACUUCAUCCUCUCCUCUCCUACAAGGUGAGGUCAGUGUUAAAGUCUGAGUAGUUUGGAGUUUCUGCGUGUUUUUGUUGCUGCUGCAGCUCUCAGGCUGAGGGGGACAGAGGAGGGAGUUCCUCUGCUGGUCUUUCCUCUUAGUGCAGGAGACCCCUAGUGGCAGAGCAGGUGAAGUGCAGCCUGAGAUCCAGCGGCUUCCCCAGCCUCUCCACUGCACUGAGCAUCCACACACACACACACACCCUCCCCAUCACCACCAUCUCCGUGUCUGCAGCUCUGUUUUUCUAAACGGAGACACAUUUUAAUCUUUAUUUUAGUGUUUAGUUUUUAAAAUGCAUGUAAAGAAAAGGAGAUUCCUGCUGUUUUUGCAGCUAUUUGGUUCCCAAGAUAGAGAUAAGUCACUCAGUUUGCAUAUUCAAUGUUUAGUUUUAACGUCAGGUUACAUUUUUACAGUAUUUUUUAUGAUUUGUUUUCCAUUUUUCUUCCGUUUGCUCUCACCGUGCGUUAAAGCUCAGUUUCUCCUCUCUGCUCCCUCCACUCUCAGCCCCCCCAGCAUCCUGUAUUAUAUAAGGGAGCCGGUGUCUGCUCUGUUGCGUGUGUGUAAAACUCCAUUACAGAGAAAUAAAUUAGACCAAAGGGAGCUUUUUUAAGCGAGGGUGGGGGCUGCUGCUGCUGCUGCUGCUGGUGGUGGUGGAUGUGACAUGCGCCUUAGAAGUCCCCCCCCCCCCCCCUUCCUUUGACAUCAGAGUUUAUUGAGAAAAUGGUGCUAUUAUAUAAGAGGGAUGCAGCCAUUCAUCAGCAGCCGCACAGGAGUGACAAAGACCCGGGUCAGCACUUACGCAAGAAUUUCGUUGAGUUUGAUUCGACUCCAAAAAUAAACAUUUAAGGCGCGUGAGAUGUCAACACAAGCUGUGGGCCAAUCAGAGCACAGAAGCUGCUUUAAUUAUUAUUUUAAGGGAAUAAUUUAGUGGUUUUUUUAUGAAUAGGAAUAAGCUUCAUUCACGGUGAGGAACAUGCACACAUGUGAAUGAAAUGCAUCACUGUGUGUGUGUUUGUACUGAGGCAGGGUCUCCUCUUCUUCAUCCUUGUGAAUGUGCUUCCCCCUAGUGAUUUGUAUGAGCGAGAGAGAGUGUGUGUGAAUGUGUGUGUGUGUGGGCGGAGAGAGAGAGAGAGAGAACACUUCAUGUGAUGAACACGCUCUGUGACACGUGCCCGAGCCAGGGAUGCUGGGUAAAAAAAAAAAAAGGAGGGAGAGGAAGAGAGAAAAAAAUCCUCUGCAUCUCUCUCAUUUCAAGCUCCCCUCCUUCCUCUCUCCUCCUCCUCCUCACCCAUCUCCCCAUCCAGUCAGUGUGUGGAUCAGUUUCUCUCUUUGAGUCUCCAGCCCCAUCAUCUUCCUCUGAGCGUCUUCAGCUCUUUUUUUUUUUUUUCUUCAGGGUUUUAUUUUUUCCCACAUUCUUCAUCUUUUUUCCCUCCUCUCCCCCUCCUUAUUUUGCCCCCAGACUGAGUCCUGAUAUUAUUUAUAAACGCACAAGAAAACGGUCCAGUUAAUGUUGAAUAUUCAUCAGGAGAAAACUGAACAGAGUCCUGUAACUUAUGCUCAGAUAUUGGUUUAUUUGGGGGGAUGUUUUCUUCAAUGAUGCUCAAAUAUAAUCAUCGCUGACAUUGAGUUAAAAACCUAGGAUUCCUCAUAGUUCAGACUCCUCAGUGACUGUAAAUCAGAACCAGUCCAGAUCAGAAUUAAAGCUCCUGUCAGGACUUUUUAAAUGGUUUCAAAACAGACUGAAAUUGACACUGAUUAAUUUUUCCAACCCAAAAGAUAAACACUUAGUUGUAUUCUAGUAUUUUUAACGUCUGAAUCUGCUCAGGAGGUGGAGGUGUCAGACCAAACAACUGUUUAAAGCUCCUGUAAAGAUAUUUUUCAUGUAAAUGGAAUAAACUAAAAUUAAAAUAUGUGCCUUUUUAUGAUACACAAAAGUAAACAAGAUGAUUUGUAGCAAGAUUUAGAAUUUUAAAACUUAAAUUUUUAGUGUCUGAAACCAAAACGAUGGAGGGUAGGUGUCAGCCGUGCGGCAAAGUGAGCCCCACUUUUCCAUUUUCUAUGUAAAAUAUUCUUAAUUUCUCAGUCAAAAGUCAGACAGAUGACAUUUUUGUCAAGACACUACUCAGCAAAGAGUGCUUUGUCCACAGGGGGCGCCAUAAUGGACACAGACCUAAAGCACCUCACAGGAGCUUUAAGAAACAGCCUUUCAAAUAUUUAUAAUUCAUGUAAAUUUUUGGCUGUUAAAAGAAGGCAGGGCGAGAGCUUAGCUUGAAAACGCUACCAUGACAUGUUCAGGACCAGACAGGCAAAGCUUUGAGGCCCCGUUUAUACGUACCCGGUUAUUUUUAAAAACGGAGACAUUAACCAUCGUUUGCACCCUUGUUUAGACGCAAACAGAGAAUUCGUCCCUAAAAACGAUGCUUUUGGAAACAAAGUUUGCACGUUUGCAUGUAAACGGAGAAAAUCAGAGGAAAACAGAGUUUUAGGUAGCCGACGGCAGAUUUUGCGCAGGAAAGGAUGGAGGGAUGACGUUGUUGUUGUUGUUGUUGUUGUUGUUGUUAUUGCUGCUAUUCGGGAUUCUGAUUGGCUAAUGUGGGCUUGAGCUUUCUCGCUACACCGCCACCUACAGGUUUGAUCUGCUCUUGAUGGCAUAUAUACAUUGGUUAGUGUAAACAAAACUUUUCUGAAAGCGUAGUGGUGAAAACAGCCGGAUACAUGUAAACGCAGUCUAAGAUGUCUGUCUUUGGCCAAAGGGGGCGCUAAAACUGAUAUAUAUUUACUUAUACUUUAUAUUUGUCCCAUUUGUGUCUGAUUUUUAGAGAGGGUUAAUCUAAAUCCAAAUCUUAAUAUGACCCUGUUAUACUUGAAACACAAAUCUCCACACAUGCGUAUCUGUUUGCAUAUUUGUGUUUGUUUUGCACUGCGCCGGGUUAAAGGUGUCAUUGAGUGCAGUUAUGUAGUCACAGUCUCAAUCGCGUCAUCUUAAACACACAAUACUGGACCACCAGCAUAUUUGACACAGGGAGUUUAUUGCUCUCUCUGCACAGUGACACCUUCCUUCCUUCCCUCCUUCCUUCAUUGGUUGGGUGGUUACAGUCCAACAUGCCAGAAAGGCAGUUUGGUCACUUGUGAGUAUCUGUUGAAACCGUCUUCAAAGAGUUUGGCGUCAGUGAAUCAGGGACAAACAAGGAUCCAAGAAUGUAUGAAGUCAUGUUCAGUUUAAAGACAACACCUGAGUUUGCUGCACAAACACCGACGGUGAGGGCGCGUGAGAGAGUGUGGGGUUGAAUUUAGUCCAAGAGAGAGAGGUUGUAGUUUUGUCAAGUCAGAUAUCAGGAUGUUUGAAAUGAUCUGUGUAGAGAAGAAAGUACAGCUGCAAAACUCUUGUUCUUGUUAUGAACUGCUCUGUGACACGACUUAUCUGAUAUGAUAAACAAAAGCUCAGGAGUGCUGACGAGGCUUUUUAGUUACUUUCAGGGUUAAAUUUUAAGAAUCAAAUUUAGUAAAAUCCAGAUUUACCGUUUGAUCUUAAAGCAGUUUGCAUUGUUUUAUGAGGCUAGCAUCGCAUUUAACCUUUUAGUUUUAAAGCUCCUGUGUCAAUCACUCAGGUUGUGUUGAUUUUGGUGCCCCCUGUGGAUAAAGCUAUCACUGCUGAUUUUGGCCUGCACAUAUGAGUUUCAUUAUCCUCCCUUUUAAGAGUAAAAAAUUUAUAAACAAUAUAUAAAAAUACAAAAAUAACACCAUUAUUAUAGUACUAAGAAAAAGUCACUAAGCUUUUUUACCACUUUAAAACUCCUUACAGGAGCUUUAAUUCAGCUCAGAUCAUUUCUUAAAAAGCAUCAAAUAUAUUUAUUAAAGUAAGAUCAUUUAAAAGUUGGAAUUCUAACACUUCUAUUAAGUUUGUAGCUUAAACUAGGCUUGCACAACGUGAGAAGAAUAAUAAUGCUUGAUCACAUCGUUUAUUUUUUCAAUAUUGUUCUAGAUCACAUAAAUAAACUGAUGCACAAGUAUAGAUUUCUACGUAGAUCUGCUGUUUAAAAUAUCUGUGUUUGCAGCAUCAAACUUUUAUGAAUCUAAAAUAAAUCCAAAGAGCUGUUUAAAUCUUUCUUUUGCAAUAAGAUUUAUUGUGAAGCUGCAAUUUGAAUAAUUUAACGUGAUCAGACUCCUUUUGCUUAAAUAUCAGGUGAACAAUAUGCACAUUGUUGCAUUUGGGAUGCUUUGAGUUUAUUAAGAUUUAAAAAAUAAGUGUAUAUCUCUUCUUAUUUUUUAAGGGUUAGACUUUUAUUAUAAAAGGUUUUUUUUCCUUCCUGGUAAUUUUUCUGUCGAACUUUCCUUCCUUCAUAGAAACUCAAACUUCCUCACAGUUCAGCCUGUCCUUAAACGCCACAAAGUCAAAUAUGGAAAGUUUGUUUCCUGCUCCAAAAAUCACCUUGUCUCCAUGCAAGUCCUGAAAGAAACUAUUGAUUUUUAAACAAAGCAUGUGACUGCAGGAGGGAGGGAGAAAGAAGGAGGGAGGGGGGACUAUUUUUUGCUCUGUACCCAAAUAUAGAUGCUGCUUCUAUCUUUGGCGACUCUGAAGUGCAUGUUCUCUUUUUCUCUGUCUCUUUGUCUCUCUCUCUCUCUCUCCCUCCCCUCGUUUCUCCCCCUCUCUCCCCUCUCCUGAUCAAGCUGUAUUUUUGUCGACUUUUAUAUUACCCAUGUGACUUUCUUCCCCUGCUAUUUAAAGCAGCGUGUGUGUGUGUGUUUGAAUGUGGAAGGUGGGUGGAUGGAGAAUGGGGAUAUAUAAAUAUAUGUGUGUGUGUGUUUGGUCUAGAAGAGGAGAGGAAAGGGGGGGGUAGCUGUCUUUGGAUCUUGUGCUGCAUCCCUCCCUCCCUGCCUCCCUCACUGCGAGGUGGGAGGGGCUGCUCGUUGAUAGGCGAGUUUGGGGUGCGACAGAUUACAUAACAGUACGUAACGAGAGCGGGGCAUACAAGGACCGCAGUCUCUCCUCACUGAGAAUCUUAAUUGGGGAUUUGGUGAAGGUGGGUGGGGGUGAUGAAGAGUGAGGGGGAGGAGGGGGGUGAGCUCAUUUUAGAUGUGUCUCGCUCUCUUUGUGAAUAAGAAGUUGAAUCUUCUUAAAAAAAGAGAAAAAAUCCCCCUGUAGGUAAGUGAUAGUCAGGACUGUGCCAGCUCUCUGCAACUAGAUCAGCUUCUUCCUCCUUCGUUUUUAGACUCAAAAUUGAUGUUUAAUUUGGUUCUUUUUGUUUUUGUGCUUUUAUUUUGAAACAAUCUGGCACUAGGAUGUCUCUCAUGGUCCCUCAAAAUGGAAUAAAACAGUAGAUAUAUAAGAACUCUUCCGCUCUUUAUGCAUAUUCCCUCUUAUGCGGUACAUAAAUAUCUUUUCAAACCAAGCCAACAUCAGAUGUUUGUGGUUUUUUUCCCAGCCUGCAUUGCUCACCCUGGCAUUAAGUCUUCAGGUGGAAGGAGGCUGAGGAUGCAGCAGCAGCAGCAGCAGCAGCAGGCUGGUCGCCGUGGUGAUGGUGAUGGGGGAUCUUGUUGGUAUUCAGGUGCUGCGGCAGGCAGGCAGGCAGGCAGGCAGCUCCCAGACGAGGCAGUGCAGGCGCGCUGCUAUUUUUACUCCUCCUGCUGCUUUUUUUAGACCCUCAGAAUAGUGAGCAGGCAGCAGCAGCAGCAGGGGCUGCUCCACUGCUGAGGAGGGAGGGAGGAAGGGAGAGAAAGAGAGGGAGGGAGGGAGGGAGACAGAAAAGGCUGGGGGAUGUCAAUACCUCUGGACGUGAUGUGCAGCGUUAAGCACAGCAGAGAUGUAGUGCCAGUGCGCCCCCGUCAGGCUGGCACGGUGGACCAGUUUCCUCACAGGCGAUGUAAUGGGGGGGGGGGGUUACUGGGGAAUGAAUGAGAGGCAGUCGUGCACACAUCCUCUGUGCAAACACACACACAUGAAUACAUUCAUGAAUUCACACACUCAGCUGCUCCCAAACCUCCAUUUGUUUCCUCACAUCACUGAAUACGCACACAUUCACUCUGAGUGUGUGUGUGUGUGUGUGUUUGAGCGUCAGUAGUGCUGCUGUCAGUCACGUGUGUGCUUACGUAGAACCUUUUCUGUUGCAUUACGUGUGUGUGUGUGUGUGUGUGUGUGUGUGUGUGUGUGUCACAGAUGUAAUGCAACGUUGACGUGAGGAGAAUUAAAUCCUGCUGGGAGCACUGGGAGAGGAAAAGUCUGUGUGACAGAUUUGAGCAGGAGUAUUUUUGGACACUGUGUUCUGCUCGGUCGAUGUUGGGGUAUUGGACCGGGUGGCUCGGGUUUUCUUGUUGGUCCUGCAGAAUCCGGUGCAGGUUCAGUUUGGUUCAGACUCCUCUUAGUCCUCUUAUUGCAACAUGAAUUCACAGUUUAGUGUUUGCUGCACUCAUGAUGCCUGACAGCGACUCAGAAACAAAGAGGAAAUGUUUUAGGAUUCAGGAGGAACUCGGUGUCCUAAUCUCACUGUACCCCCCCACCCCCACACACACACAUAAACAAACACACACAUACACAUACACACCAUCCUCCCCCGUUACACACACACACUUCACUCUCACUCACUCCCAAGACAACGUUUAUUCAGAAAACGGUACUAUUAUAUAAUGAGUGGGAGGAGUGUAGUUAUUCAUAAGUACAGCACGAGGAUUUGGGUGGUGGGUCUGGGAGGGGGGGGGCAGCAGGCUUCAGGAAGGGAGGGGGCGCUGGUAGACACACGCUUAGUGGAAAAUCACAAAAGUUCCGAUGUUUUCGGUGUUUACUUCUGUCUUUGUCUUUAUAGAGCUGUUUCCAAAGUCGAUGGAGGAUCGUUUUCAAACCGUCUUCACCGUUUAUUUCAGUCAAAUCUGGAAUAAAUACAAUUCUGCCUUUAAAACUGAACAGAUCUGUUUGUAUCUUUGAGAUUAUUUUAAUUUCUAUGACUGAAUUCUGAAAUGUGAACCAACCACGACAGUGUUAGACAUUUUUAAAAAUAUAAUCAGGAUUUUUUGACUGAUUUUGAAAAAGCCUUUAAUCUGUUUUUUAGCUGUUUAGGCCGUAGACUGUAUUUAGAAUAGACGCCGUCUGCUUCAUUACUGGGUGAAGCCAACCCAAGAACAGCACCCUCUGCUGACGGGCUGCAGUAUAGGUCAUAAAUCCCGCCUCCUCCAGCAAUCCCUAUGGAGCUGUGGACAAACUUUAUAAAUUAAUGACACAGAAUAUAAAUGUUUCUCCCCCCUGUUUGUGAUGUUGACAUGUAGUUACUGUCAGACUGGUUUGUGCUCAAGUCCUCUUUUUUCUGUACAGCUCCAUUUUUAAAAGUUAUCAGGGGGUUCAUGUUUUCAAUGAUUGAUACCUGGUACAGCCUAUGGAUGUACAAGGAUUGCGUAGCUCUCCCGCUGUUUGAGCCGAGCGUCAUCACAGCGACUCUCGGCAACUCUGUGUCUCAAUUCAGGGUCUGCUGGGACAGAUCAGGUAGCGAGGGAUCAGGGUAGCUGGGUCUACGAAAACCACACAGCUAAGGAGAGAUUUGAAGAGGUGGCCAUUCAACCUCUUCACCUGUUAUCAGGCUAACAAACCGGCCUCAUGACACGAGGUCGGGCGUCUGCGUGUGCUGGACUGGGCCUCCUCUCUGGACUUUGGAGAUCCAGUUAGGAGCAAUGGAUGAUUUAAUUAAUCAUCAAUUGAUUAGUUUAAUUAAAGUAAUCCUCAAGGAGACUCCUGCAGCUGGUUCGGUCCACCAGGUGGUCUGUCUGAAGAGGACUCUGAUGUCUUUGGUUGUGGACAUGUUGUUGGUUUUCACUCUCAGUGCUGUUGAAUCCGGUUUUAUCCUCUCACUCGGGCUUUCUCACCGACUUACAUCAGAACCACAUUAAACUAUUUGACCUACAGAGUACCAGAGACGUCAAACCGGUACGUCUGCUCACCUUUAGUACGCUAAAUAUCAGAAGUAAAACAUGUUUAGUAGCCACUUUCUCCGAGUCUAAAUUGUCUCACAGCAGCAUCUAAUCUACACAAACAUCAGACAGUGAACCCUGGAGGUGAAAGAUGUUGGUUUGAAAUGGAGCAGGUGAAUAUUCUGGGGUUUUCAGGAGUUAAAAAAACAGAAAUAUUUUCCUUUUAUACAGAAUAAAAUCAUGAGGAAGGAUGAAUAGAUGUUAGCGGAUUCAAAAACAUCACAAUGUCCCACAGUUAUUCGAUAAAUCUGAUGUAUUUAAUCAAAUCAGUUUCAGGAUUGUACAUUCUCUGAUCAGUAUCAUGCCUUUUUUUUCUAACCUAACUUAAUUAAAGAAGAAUCUAAUGUUUGCGCUCAGACUGUCACCUCUGUUGGUAUUAGGAACAUGUCUGGCAUGCACAGCCUGCACACAUGUUCGAUCUGACGCGUAUCCCGCGUUCUUCUCUGUCAGGUCCAGGUUCAAAGGGUGACUCUGUUCCUGUGUUUUGUACGUAUGUACAUUCUUGCACGCUCCUCCGUCAGGUCAGGGUUGAAACGAUGAUGCUGUACGUGCGCUCUCUCUCACACAGGUGUCACUUUUUACACCUGAAACUCAGUCAUGCAGGUGUGUGCAGCAUCAUCAUCCCAGCUGCCUCUUCGUGGACCGGAUUAGUAAUCCCACUUGACAGGAAUGUGGUCGGAGCACUGAGGCCCCUCCGGUUGUCAUUUUAGUCGUGUGGUUUUGUCUUUUCUGGUUUUCAGGUUCAGCUGAUGUGACCUGUCGUUGUUUUCAGACUAGUUGGAGGUUUUCUUCAUCUUCUCUCAGGCCUUCGCUCGGCUUGUUGGAGCGAGAUGUGUCAGACGAUAAAAGGCUGUCUUCUUCUUAUCACUGAGCAAACUACAACUUAGGUCACGCUGCAGCUUCGUGAUCUGAACCACUCAGAUUCUUCAACUGCAAGAACAGCCAUGCAGAAAGAGAAGAUAAGCUGAGACUCUGAGACAAUGCUGCAAGACCUUUAUCAAAGCCUGAGAUUCCUACCUGUGAAAGCUUUCUGACCACACAGAUGGAUCUGGAUUUUGCACACCUGUUGAAAAACGUCUUUCAGAUGCAACCCGAGAAUGUGAAGCAUAAGAUAACUCAAAAAUUUGCAGUCGGGUUGCAGAGACACUAAAUGAUGCGCAGCCUAAAAAGAUCAUAAUCCUGCUUGUUUAUUUUUCUCAUUUGAGGUGCAGGGACCGUCUACAAAGUACAAUACCAACAAAAGAUGGUGCAAAAUAUUCUGAAACUUCACUCCGGAUAGGUGCACGGUCAAACCACCUUCCAUGUUAAUAAAUACAGCAGUGAGUUUGGAAAAGUAAACUUUGGCUGUAAAGUGUAUUUUUGAUGAAAAACUUCUCAUUUUUACUUAUUUUACUUCAACAUUUGACUUCUGAUAAAACCUGAAAACAGGAUAUUUCAGCCUGUUCGUUAAAUCUCAUAAAUCUCUUUAUAAACUCGAGUAUUUAGCGUUAAAAGAAGCAGAUUUGAGUCGAGGUGGUUGGUUGUUGUUGUCUCUUCUCUCCUCAUCCUCAGCCAUUUUACUCUGCAGCUUCACCUCCCCUCUUCUCCCCACCUCUGUCUGCCUCCACCUGCCUCUGCAGCCGGAGCUGGAUUUGGUACGACCCGCGCCCAUUGAGGCUUUUCUGCCACGGAGCGUUUCAUUCUUAACACGGGGGGGGGGGGGUUUAAAAAUAACCAGGGAUUCUGCUCGCUUUUUCACUUUUGACUUUGUGCUACUCUCUCUCUCUCUCUCCUCUUCUCUCAUUCACUCCCCCUCUCCAUCCCUCCUCCUCCUCCUCCUCCUCCUCCUCCACAACCGCCAUCUCUAUUCUGUCUCUUUCUCCUUCACUCAUUCGCUCUCUUGCUUCGCUCCAGUUCUAUUUUUAGCCGCCCCUAGGAUCCCUCCUCAUCCCUCCCCUCUCCUCUCCGUCUCCCUACCCCACUUCACCCUCCUCCUUUCUCCGGCUCCAUGUUCGUCAUCACUCCCUCCUCCCUGCAUCCCCCCUUCUCUCUCUCUCUCUCUCUCUCUCAUCUUGUCUCUCUUUUUCUCUCCCGCUCUCUCUCUCUCUCCAGCUCUUUGCCGGAGAAUGUCCUCUACCUCUAUUAAUCUUUCAUCAAGCCUCGCUAAUAAUAUAUUCGCGUGUGUGUUUGAGUACCCCAAUCCCUCCUCAACACCAACACCACCUCUUUAUUGUCUUGUUCUUCCUUGCCUCCUUCCAUCCUUGUCCUCCGUCAGUCAAAGAGGAGCUGGGGUUGAUGGGCAGUGAAGGUUUAAAAAUAGACCCGCUUGCUUGACAAGGUGAGGAGAACUGUGAACACAAGAACAUCAGCUCCUUUCUGUCCUCGCCUUUCCCCGUGUUCUCCGUCUUUUGUCGCGUUCAAAUCUGAAAAUUUCCUCCACAUUUGCACCGCAGAGACAUCUUUAGGUUUGUUUAUGUGCAAAUAAACUCUUAAAUGAUCUUUUUAAAUUUCACUUUUCAUGGCAGGGGUGAGGUAUCAGUGGGUGUCGAGGGCUUUGUGAGUCCUUGUAUCUUCGUUCUGCCAUCUUAUCUCCGCCUUUUUGUACAAUCUCCGCCCUGUCUUUUGUCUUUGGAGCUUCAUCUUUUGUGAUUCAGCUCCUAUCCAUACCAUCUUUGCUUCUCGAUUCACUCCGAACACUCUCCUUUGUGUGCAUGAUGAGGCUGGAUGUGUUUCUAACAGAGGAAGUGAUACCUGACCGAUGAAGAAGUUGUCAUUGCGCAGCUUAGAGAGAGGCUUUCCUGAAUAGUAUUAGAGGGUGUGAGUGCCAACAGGUUUGCUGACGUGAAAACCUUCAAAUAACUGUCCCGUCUGUCACCUCGGGGCUCUGAAGCGGACAAACCUGAUGUGAAGGUGCGUCGUGGAGCUCGGUUCAAAGAGGCGCAGAUUGUUGUUUUAUGUCACAAGAAGCGUCAGUAACCGCAGAAGUGAGGGCAGAGAGAUGUGCCAAAGACUGAGUCAGGGCGGCAUGGUUUCUCCUCGGUGAGGUCGCUGAUGUCAUGGGACUUAGAAGUCACUUAACUUACACUCACCUGAGUUUAGAUGUUUUAGUCGAUAACAAUCCCGAUCUCCACCCAAAACUUUGCAACUCCCAAACUUAUCUGAGAGCUUGAAAUGGUAUGCAAAGAAGGAGUAGGGAGUUAUUAUUGAAAUGUCACCAGUUGCAUCGACGAUAUACAUUCCCAUAACUGAUCCAGUUUCAGUUUUUGGUCACACAAGAUCCUGGAAGUGACCGUUUUGCAUGCGCUGCAUCGUCUGUGGUGAAUAAAGCGAUCAGACCCUCCUUUCCUCACGGCAGAUCGGUGCAACAAAGUUUGGGUGUGUAGAGAAGCUGCAGAUGCUGAAAAACGUGUUAAAUGGGGGGUCACUACUGUCAACAUGUUGUCUCUACAGCAGUGCAAACUUUGUGGAGAGAUGAGAGCAGGGAGAGGAGCAGGAGGAGGAAGGUGUGUGUGUUAGUAAAGCAGAGGGAAAGAGUGAGCAGGAUGAUAUGUCGUGAUAAUAAAAGCCUAAAUCUGGAUGUUCAAGCAAAGCAGUUCUGAGCAAACCUGAUUCAGAACUCAGGCUAAGUCCAGGAGAAGAGUCUGGUCAAAGUUGGACUUAAAGAAAGUCCAGAACUGUGUGUUAGUAAAGCAGAGGGGAGGAGUGAGCAGGGCGAUAGAUGAUAAACCAUGACAUCAGUCCACCUAAAUCUGGAUGUUAUCGUCAGGAAAGUUCAGGUGUUAAAGUGUUGGAGAGUUUUCAGGUUCAAUUCGAGCGUGUUGAAGUAAAGGUCGUCAAAGCAGUGAGUCCAGGAGUCUGGUUAAAGCCGGACCUACAGAAAACCCAGAACCGUGUGUCUAGACAUCCUCGUCUGCAUGCAUGAAUUGAGGUGUUGGACUGAUGCACAGUAGUCUGGACUCUUGCCCCUCUCCAUCGUCUCAGAGUUGUGUACAUAAACCCGUCCUAACCUCUUUUUCUUCUUCUCUUGUCUCUCUACAGUUGUGACUGGAGCCACUGAUGGAAUCGGGAAAUCCUAUGCGGAGGAGGUGAGGCUCCUGGACCCUUAUUUAUUUCAUUUCUUUCAUGGAGGAAAAAAAAAAAAGCUAUGACUCAUGCACACUCACACACACACACACACUCACACGGUGUGUUAACUGACAGACCUUGGUAGGGGAGAGCUCUUACAGGCCUAUUAGCGUGGAGGAGAGUCCUCACACACACAUGCACACACACUUGAAUCCAGGUUUGUCGUCAGGAGCUCGUUCCGGGGUAACAGGCACACGUUGAAUGGGGGCUACCCUGCCACGUGUUUGGCUCUCCUUGUGUGGGUGUGUGGCUGGAUAAUGUAGUCAUGUUGGGCCUUUGACUCAUACCGGCGCUGCUACAGUGGGGCUAGCUGCUUGUCACGCAACAGUAGAGCAACAUUUAACAGAAAAGAAACAGGAUGAAUCCAAGAUUUGAAACUCCUGCGACUCUUAGACGAUAACAACUCUAACCACAGCAGCUCUCAUGCUUUUUUGCACGUUAAUGUAAAGAUUGAGGUCAAAUGGAUCUCCAGUGUCAGGAAAGGUGAUAAAAAGAGAGUAAAAAUGAGGAUUAGCAGAUGAGAUUAUAAAUUGAGAUUUUAGCUUUCUCUCAUUAUACUUUAGAUGUUAUGAUGCAACACCAAUAUUCAUUUGGCAUAUCGUAAAAACUUGCGUGGACAUGUAAGUUAACAUUCACCCCAAAAUCGCCAAAGUGGUCGAGAGCGAUAUUUGCAGAAACACGCUGAAAAUUAAGAAAUAAUGACAUAAUGAUUUAAUUUCUUCUUCUGUUUAAUGUCAACAAAUAAAAGUGGAAGACGACUGUCGUUAAAAACUAAGGCUAAAUAUGCAGGAUGUGAAUAUGGUCAAAUUUACAAGGUCUGAUGUCGUGUUGGACCAACCCGGCUAGGUAUGGGACCUGGUACUGUUUACAUGUUUGAUAUAAACGAUCAAAGUAGCCAAUAAGAAAAGAGAAACAAUAACGGUGCAGACGCUCGUCUAUGCAACAUACACCGAACAUUACCAAGCUAACACUGUCGUUGAAACGUAACGCAAGCUUACACUUAAGUUCAGCUGCAGGAGCAUUUACGUAUUUAUUGUUUUUAAAGUUUGAUGGAUUUUUUUGGCGUCCGUUACUAACCUUUGUUUCCUCUCCAGCUGGCUCGCCGAGGCUUCGCCAUGAUGCUGAUCAGUCGUACUCAGGAGAAGCUGGAUGACGUGGCCAGGUCACUGAGUAAGUGUCUCUGUGUGUGUUUGUGUUUGUGUUUGUGUGUUCAUCUCCACCACAUCAUGGAAACUGUUCUGGGUUGAGAGCACAGCGAGUGGGCUGAUCAGGAUGUGAGUAUGGGCAGGCGCUGACGUACAACCUCCCACCUGGUCAGCUACAGGGUUUCCCGGGCCUAAAAUCAGGGAGUUUUCCUGGGAUGCAGAACUCAGAGGUUCAUGAGUUUAUUGAGCGUUUGGACUUAAAGAAACUCUCAGACUGAACCUGUGAAAAAACUCCCCAGACUGAGACUCCAAAUAGAAAAGGAGCAAAGACGGGGUCUGUCUCUGGAUGGAUUUGCCCCUCCGUCGUCCGUUUCUGCCCUCUCCCUGACUCGCUCUCUUCCCGUCUGUCUCUGACGUCUCCCACAGCGCAAUUUCCCCUGUCGUGCUUCGAGUCCACACAGAGGGGGCUGAUGGGUAGUCACGAGCAGGGUGCGGUGUGCCAAACUCUGGCACUCCUCCCUCACGAUUAGUCUGACAAAAACCGCCCUCCUUAGCAUGUUAGAGGACGACCCACCCCGUCCCACCCGUGAUUGAAUUAUCCAAAACCUUUCCAUUUCUCUCAUUUGACCUUUAGCUGCACCGACCUGACAACCCCAAAACUCCCCCUCCAACUCCAGCUCUCAUAUCCCCCUCUUCUUCACCUCCAUCUUUGCUGCUUUUGUCAUUUCGUUUCACUCUCAAAGGAGGAUCUGAGCUGGUUUCCCCCUUUUUUUCUUUCUUUUUUUUAAUGUAAACCUCGUCUCAACUCUGAAUCCUCACCGACACACUGGCCUUCAUCGAGGCACAUCCCAGGAAUUUUCCUCUUCCUCUCACUCCCUCCACCACCUAACAGCUAAACGAGUCUUUGGACAAUAAAUUCUAAUUGCAGCAGGCGCGUCAAACAUGACGAGGUAGAGGAGGGAGGGGAGAAGAAAGAAAGAGAGAAACAGAGAAAGAGGAGGAGGAGGAGGAGGGGAGGAUUUGGUUAGUCUGGUUUGUUGGUGCACAGCGCCCUCCUCAGUCUGAGUCUGACACUGUUUUCAUCCUGCUCUGAUCAUUUGAAUGGAUCCAGGUCUUUGAAACAGGAUCACUCUGACUGACUUUUGACUCUUGAAAUCCUGUAAUGCUGCGUUCAUGAGCGCCUGGGAAACUCUGACUCUCCAGACUUUAGUGUUUUCAUGAGAUUUAAAGGGUCAUAAUUGUCUCAUUACAGCAAAUUACUGUUAAAACCAGGGCUGGGUUAUGAUCGAAGUGACUUUUUCCCUGUUGAGCUGCAUCAAAGUUCGACUUUUAAAGACUUAAACUCCAUUAAUGUGAUAAAACAGCUGAAUGUCAAACUUAAGAGUAUUUUUAGAAGAGUGAAAUAUCUAAACUUGCAUAAAUUCAUCCCACAGAAAGAGAUAAAACUGUGCUCACUCUGUCCCUCUGCUCCACUAAAACACACUUGAUGCUGUUCCUCUCCACCUGCUUUGCUGCAGACACGUUUUUGCAGCCUGUAAGAGCAAAGUUGAUGUGCAUGCAUGAUAAGUUUUUUUUGUACCAUCAACAGUUUUAGUUUUGGACCAAACUUUGUCAUCAGCUCUGCAAGAUAAUCACAGAUUUUUCUUUAUCGAUUUGUUCAUCAGUUUUUUGGAUUCCUGCAGCAACACAUGGAAGAAGCCUCAGACUGCAUCCUCCUUAUCUUCUGUCUUGUUAAACAUCUGCCUCUUUCUCUUUUCCACAGCGGAGCAGUAUGGCGUGGAGACCAAAACCAUCGCAGUCGACUUUGGCAGAUCAGACAUCUACCCCAAGAUCGAGGCCGGGCUCGCUGGUCUGGAAAUCGGGGUUCUCGGUAAGAGUUUGUUCAGACUCAAAUCUGUCUACUAAUACUUGCAUUUAAUCUUCGACUCAGUCAGCAGGGACUUAACUUGAGGACUUGGAGGGUCUGUGGUCCAAUUGAGUGCCAGCUCACUUCCUUCAGAAAGUCGCCUCACUUCAACACUUUGCAUGAACAAAGAGUCCUGUUUGUGCAUGCAUGAAUACGUCUCUCCUCCGUGUUUAAAAGUAGAGUGAAAAUCUCAUCUCCCCCUCUGGGAUUGCCUUUCUUCUUGGGUGGACCUGUUUUGGGGAAUGCAGGGAGUAAAAAAGUUCAGAUAUUCAUGUGAAGAAGUCAGAAAGUUAUUUCUCCAGUUUUAUAACCUUGACCUUAAAGGGAUAUGGAUGCAACAGGACGACUUUGUAGAGAGUUUAAAAAUGAUGAAUGUAGAGCCACUGAAACAAAAGUUGGACGUGAGAGUUUGGACAGUUUGUCGUCUCGUAUCGUCUUCCAGUUGGUAAAGUCACUCCGAGACAAAUCUGUCUUUUCUUUUACGCGUCUAAACUCUCCUGUCUUGUCUUCAACUUUCCCCUCUUGUAUUUGUCUUUAAAAGUCGACAUGAAAUCCUCCCAGACAGUCUCUCUUCUUCACACUGACGGGAUGACUCAUACUUCCUGGCGUUUGAAGCCGCUCUAAAGUUUCGGAUGUCGGACGUCUCCGCUCAGGAGUUCACGUUGUACUUUUUAGUCGAACAUUUUAGGAACUCUGUGUCCUUUUUUAUGAUACCAAUUGUACUCUGGGUGUAAGGUGUGGCUGAGUCGACUGUGGAGAGAAGAAGGCCUGUUUGACUUGUUUGCUUUUGCUGCCACCUUGUGGUAGAACUUCAUGUUGGUGUUUAUUCCUCCAGGAUCAGGGUUUUGGAGUAAAAUAGUUGAAUAUUCUCCUCUUUUGUCUCCAACAGUGAACAAUGUGGGUGUCUCUUAUCCUUACCCGGAGUAUUUCCUUCAUAUCCCCGAUCUGGACAAUGUGAGUUUCUGAUUUCCUGUUUUUAUUUGAACAGAUUUCUUUUCUUUUAUCCUCUGAACAUGUGAUCUUAUUAAAGUCUUUAUUCUUUCUGUGUUUCAGUUUAUCACAAACAUGAUCAACGUCAACAUGACCUCAGUCUGCCAGGUGAGUUUCUCUCCAUCUUCAUCGACUUUUCUCUCUUUCAGGAGGAAAUCAUCUUCAGCAUGAAUAUUCAGUUUGCAAACUUGAUCCUUUAGUUUCACUUCCUCCUCACUUUCUCCUCUUUUUUUGUCCUUCUCCUCCUCCUCCUCCUCCUCUUCUUCUCUUUCUGCUCUUUGUACCACGGUACCUGCAGUGUCUCAGUUGUUCCCAAAGCAACGGUGGACUACACCAACGCUGUCUGUACUCGCCACCCACGCAACUCUCUCUCUCUCUCUUUGUCGCUCCCUGCAUGUCUCACCCUCUCUCUUUACUUUUAAACUUAUUUUUUAAACUCUUUCUGCGCCCCCCCCUGACGCCUCUUGUUGUUGUUUUUGUGAUAUUUGGUGAUAACAGAGUGUGUUUCUGCUCCUUUCUAGAUGACCCGUUUGGUUCUGCCCAGGAUGGCUGAGAGGUGAGUUCAGUGAUUGGCUUCCAUGUUUUGCGACAUGACUGCAGUGUUGUUGUGAAUGAGGGGAUGUUGCACAGAGUUAAAUCCCUGAAUAAAACGCAGACAGGUCGUUAGUUUUGGAGAUUUCACUUCCUAAAGGUGACUCUGAGUGAAAAGAGGGAUGAGAAAUCCUCUCCAUCACUGCAUCUCUUUUCCUCUCCUCCUUUGUUCGCAAUGCUGACAAGCUUUCAAUUCACACAAAGUGCUCUUCCCACCCCAUUGGCUGCUCCGUUCCCAUGUGACCCCACACCGCCAAUAGCAGCGCAGGCACAUUUGAUGCCGUGUGAGGCUGGAGCGUCGCUCCACUACAUCACUGCAGCAACAGGCUGCCAUGGCAACACACACGGCCACUACCACACUGUUUUAGUGUGUGUGUGUGUGUGUGUGUGUGCUGACUGUGUAUAGACACAGGGUUCCCACUGGCCUGGAAAAUCAUUGAAAGUUUGAGGAUUUGCAGCGAGAAAAUAUCAGUCAGAGACGUUUUCUUCCUCUGUUCUGUUAUUGGAUCAGAGCUGAAAAUCUGGAGGAAAUCCCAGUGAUGUCAAAGUGUUACCGCAGCAACAGUUAGACUGAGGAUCUCUGCUGGGUCUCUACAUGAGAAACAGAAAUGUGUGUGACGUGACCGAACCACAAAAACACGAUGAUUGUGAUCCUGGCCUCCCUGAAAACUCUCACAUGUGUCCGUUUGUCAGAUCCUUACAUGUUUUUGUGUUUCUCUCUCAGGUCCAAAGGUGUUGUCCUCAACAUCUCCUCUGCUAGUGGCAUGUACCCCGUCCCUCUGCUCACAGUCUACUCUGCCACAAAGGUAUGUGCAGACCCCCCCCCUCGCUCUUAGUGUGUUUCAGGUUAUUUUCACAUGUACUGAUCAUCUUCUUUGCUGGUUCUCUGCAGGCCUUUGUGGAUUUCUUCUCUCGUGGUCUGCAGGAGGAGUACAGACGUCAGGGUAUCAUCAUUCAGGUGAGUUUGGGGAUCUCUCCUCUCAUGGUUUGUUUUCUGCAGAAGUCUUGGUCUCCUCUCAAUUCUGCUGUCGUUAUGAUCAGUAUAAUUCUGUUUGAUUAUCCAAAUAUCAUUCAUUAAAAGUUGAAACAGCAUCAUUUUACCUUGAGCCUCUCAUACGGGCCAUUGCUGAAUUUUCCUGAAAUUCUUUGACAAAGUAUUUACCAGAUCAGGAUCCUUUUAACUGACACUUCCUGAUUAAAAAAGCCCAAAAGGUUCACCUUGUUGCUCUCAGCCUGUUCGGCCUAAAGGUUAUAAAGUAAAACACCUUCAUUUAUUAAUCCUCUGUGUUUUUUUUCUGCAGAGGCUGUUUUUAAAAACUGUUGCUUCCAACCAGACUUGUUUGUUCUGUUUUUAGCCUCCAUGUAAAGUCAACCAUGCGCCACCUGGUGGUUGCAGUGUGCACAGCAGGUUCACCUCAGCAAACCCGGAGUGUGGUUUUAAUCUGAAAACUCAAAGUGUUCAGACCAGUUCAAUGAACUUUUGAAUGUCUGUCAUCAGUUUUAGUGUCUUCAGUGCCGUUAGUGAUCUUCACCGAACUUCUUUAUCUUUGUCAGACAUGUUGUAGCCAAACAAACAAAGCAGGAUGAUUGUCUCUUUAUUCAUUUUAUUCUGUUUAUAUAUAAUAGCAUGAAUGUUGAAAAAUGCAGCACCCACAUAUGACAAUAAAGAAGGUGGCUGAUCAGGUAUACGCUUCAGACAAACCAGGAAUCACGUUAGAAUUAGAGUUGAAGUGUCACACAGGAUUGUAAAGAUGCUGGUGUAAAUUGCACAUUUGCUAGUUUGAUGACACACAACCAGUUGGAGAAAACCUGCGUGUUUUUGUAUGUAGUAUUGCAAAAUGGUAACAUUCAUGGAUGUGUUGAUGUAUGCAGUAGAGUUCUAGACACAUUCACAAAUCAGCUUUGUCUUGAUCCCCGCCUUCAGGUGACCUUUUAAACAGAGUCACAUCAGACUUCAUGCUCAUGCUGGUUUAGGUUAAAUGCUCUUAUUUCAAACUCAUCCACAAGUUUUUCUUCCUGUCUCCCUGCAGAGUGUGCUGCCCUUCUUUGUGGCCACCAAAAUGACCCGCAUCAGGAAGCCCACCCUGGACAAACCCACCCCUGAGCGUUAUGUCGCAGCUGAGCUCGCCACUGUGGGUCUGCAGAGCCAGACCAACGGCUACUUCCCCCACGCUGUCAUGGUAAGAAGAAAUACUUAAACGCUAUAAAGUGCUAAAAUAAGGCGUGCAUUUAGUCCAACUAGUUCUAUUUUCAAUCGUCUCUUGAACAAGAAAAAAGUCUUGAACAUUUAGGUGCUGAUUUUGGAGUCUUAUAUUCAGGUGCAACUAAAAGCAGUUCUACGACUCACGGCUGUGUUCAGUUUUUUUAAUCAAAAGUUUCACAGAACUUUUGACAUUGCUGCAAAAUACAAAGAUUCAAAGCACUGCGCUUUCUUGCAUGAUUUGCAUGAAUUAUAAAUUUAUUGAUUUAUUUAAUUUAUUGCUGCAUACCUCCCUUUUUUUUUAACCUCGUUUUUACCUUUUCUUACGUUUUUAAUAUACUCCCUCCCUUUCAUUAUUAUUUUUAUUUUAUCUUGUUAUUUUAUUAUCUAUGUAUUUAUUUCUCUUCCUCAUUUUAUCCAUCCUCUAUCCACCUUCUUUUUCACCUUCCUGAUGUGAUGCCCUCAACCAUCAACCGCCAGUCCUUAACUGUCAGUUUUCCUUUGUCUGUUUCUGCCUUUGUUUGUUUCUUCUGUUAAAGCACUUUGUAAACAUCUGUUUUAAAGGUGCUAUAUAAAUAAAGUUAUUAAUAUUUUUUUCCACUUUGCAAAACUUGCUGCAAAAUCAUUGCGUACUGAUUUAAAAACUCUUCUUCCCGGAUCUCUUUUUUUUCAAACUGCACGUAUCAAAACUCAUUAAAAAAUGCUUUUCAAAACUAUAAAACCAAACAUUAAGUUGCACAAAAAGCACAAGAAGAUGAAAAGAAGUAGAGACUAACAGUUUGAGCUUCAUUUGACUUAAAGCCGUACAUUUCAAACACUCUGGAUAUGAAUUAAAAUGAAAAUAGGUCUUUUUAAAAGUGGUUUGAAAUAAGAAGGAAAUGUUUAGGGUUAAAGUUUGAGGCCUGAAGUCAAACUAAUCUCAAACCUCUUCUGUUGUUUUCUUUCCUCACAGGGUUGGGUGACCACCAAACUGGUGCCGAGCAGCAUCGUCAUCUUCCUCGGAGCCAGAAUGAACCGUCUGCAGCGCACCGGGUACCUCCAUCGGAGGAAGCUGCGUGAGCAGAAGAACGGGACCAGUUUAAAAAGUGAAUAAGAAGACGUCUGAUGAACCUGCGGGCAGCCGCUCUGUUCUCACCUGCUACAACGUUUAAAGAAAAAGAAAGAUUGUGUGUUUGAUCCUCCAGGGUUGCCUGAGAUUUCACCUUUGUGCCUGUUAGUAAACGUGCGCAUCCAUGUUUGUGCACAACUUUGUGUUUAAAACUGCAACCUCUGACCUGAUGUGAUUCAUCCGGACAGAAAUAGCCUGAGAAGGCAGGAGCUGAAAUGAUAAUAAAGUGCUGCUCUUAGCAAAGGACAUUCAUAUUUUUUUGUCACUGACACUGUUGGUGGAGACAUUAAAGCCAUAAAAUAAGUGAUUUGUUAACCCUGCUGUUGUAAGCAGUGGAAAACGGUGGCGGGUAUCUUUUUUUUUUUUUUAUUAUAUGUAUGUAUUAUUAUUUAUUUUAGAACACUUGAGCCAAAGACAGACCUUUAGACUAGUUUUCAACCUGUUUACAAAUCAACAAGCCAUCUCAAGAAAGCUACUCCUCUUAUUCUUGUCAUCUCAGUUUAAUGCUAGAACUGAUCUGUUUUCAUCAUAUGUCGGCUCUUUCUACCUUUAUUUUUCCAUAGUAUUGUGUGUUUGCAUCAUAUUUAAGAUGAUACUCUGUGGUGGGUUCUUGUUGCACCGAUGUAUCACUUAUUCUAAGCCAAAGACCUUCAUGUAUUUUCCACUGUCGAGUUUAAUAGAAGUGCCUUUCUACUGAAAGACUGUCAAUGCUGGAUGUGGUCAGAUUCAAUGAGCGGGUGUAGCUGGUUGGAAGAUGUACUGAGGAUCUAGUUCAGUUGGUGCUAUGUAGAACUUCUCAGCAGCUCCAUUUUCUGCUUUAUUUUUAUAUCAAAAUGGAAAUCUUCUAACCCUCUCUGUGUGUAUUCACUUUAUCAUAUAUGCAGAUUUAUCUGGGAGGGAAGAAUCAUUAAAAUGAUAAGCUGUGGUUCAACAUGUAUUUGGAAAUUCAGUGACUUUAUACUCUUUGAAACAUUUGAUCCAAAAUAAAGAACUUUGUCCUCAUUACAGAGUUGGUGCACAGUCUCAAAACCCCAUAUGACUUGGUCUGACCUGUGUCUAAACUAAGCUGCCUUGUGAAUCAUUAUUUUCUGUAAAGAGUCUUUUAAAAUGCUUAGAAAUGAAAAAUUCUGAAUUUCUUCAUGUAAAAUGCACUGUUUACGUUUAUACUGCUGGCAACUUUUGUUUUAUAUGGUUUGUUAAUAAAAACUCUGGCAUACAGCAUUUCAUUGUUUCCUCUUUUAUUCUACGAACAGAUUGAGAUUUUGCAGAAAUAGUUGAAAUAUUGAAAUCUUUGCUCAAAAUAGAAUAUGAAGGCUGAGCGGCACGUGAGUGUUACAAUAAAAGUAAUUUUGAUGUGAAUAAAUGUGAAAAAAUGGGUUUAAAGGAUUGUUAGUAGAAGUAUUCAGUAAAUAUUAAGUCCUCUUAAUAGGUGUAAAGUUAUAUUUCAACUUCAGUAAAUGUAUAAUAUAAGUUGCUGAUUAAUAAUUGUGUAUUUUAAGAGUGUGUAGGUCAAGAUGUACAAAAGUAAAAAUUUUGGGGGGACAGUACUGCACAAACCUUUU